AUGGGUGUCCCAGCGCUAUUCAGAUGGCUCUCCAAGAAAUAUCCGAAGAUUAUCUCUCCGGUAAUCGAGGAGUUUCCUUACGAAAUCAAUGGAGAAGAGGUUCCGGUGGACGGCACGCGGCCGAAUCCAAACGGCGAAGAGAUGGACAAUCUGUAUCUGGACAUGAACGGUAUUGUCCAUCCAUGUACGCACCCUGAGGGCAGGCCGCCGCCAGCAAACGAAGAGGAAAUGAUGAUCGAGAUCUUCAAGUACACUGAUCGCGUUGUGAACAUGGUUCGCCCCAGGAAACUUCUAAUGAUCGCCGUCGAUGGAGUUGCCCCUCGCGCGAAGAUGAACCAACAACGAGCCCGUAGAUUCCGGUCCGCUCAGGAAGCGAGGGAGGCAGAUGAAAAGAAGGAGGAAUUCCAAAAGAUGCUCGCCAAGCAGAACGGAGAUAGGGACCAAGGACUGCAGGAGCAGGUCAUUCAGAAGACGUGGGAUAGCAACGUCAUUACCCCCGGAACGCCCUUCAUGGAUAUCCUUGCAGCGUCUCUACGGUACUGGAUUGCGUACAAACUCAAUACUGAUCCUGCUUGGGAAAAGAUGAAAAUUAUCAUUUCCGACGCAACAGUCCCCGGAGAGGGUGAACACAAGAUCAUGGAGUUUAUUCGAUCGCAGCGUGCAUCCCCUGAGCAUGACCCUAACACCCGUCAUGUUAUCUACGGAUUGGAUGCGGACUUGAUCAUGUUAGGCCUAGCCACCCACGAGCCCCAUUUCAGAGUCCUACGAGAAGAUGUGUUUGCGCAGGAAUCCCGGCCGCGAACCUGUCAUCUAUGUGGUCAGCCCGGCCAUAAAGCGGAAGAAUGCAGGGGCCAGGCGAAGGUGAAGAAUGGAGAGUUUGACGAGAAAGGGAAACCCGCCACUCCCAAACCGUUCAUCUGGCUCCAUGUCUCCGUCCUUAGAGAAUAUCUUGCGGCGGAGCUCUUUGUUCCCCACCAACCGUUCCCAUUUGACCUUGAGCGGGCGCUUGACGACUGGGUCUUCAUGUGUUUCUUCGUAGGAAACGACUUCCUUCCGCAUCUGCCUUCCUUGGAUAUCCGCGAGGAUGGUAUCGAUACGCUGAUCGCAAUCUGGCGUGAUAACAUUCCUCUCAUGGGCGGAUAUCUAACACAGGACGGGCGAGUGGAUUUCAAGAAAGCGCAGCUCAUCCUUCAAGGCCUUGCAAAGCAAGAAGAUGCAAUCUUUCGUCGUCGCAGGCAGGCGGAGGAAAGAAAGCUUGCGAACGACAAACGGCGCAAGCAGGAGGAAAAGCUCAGAAAUGAGGAGCGCGCUAGAAAGCGGAGACGAAGCUCUCCUUCUUAUGAACCCGUCGAAUCCCCGACAAGUGCCAAACCUCGUGGUGCUGCUGGAGGAGCCGCAAGUGCCGCUCCGACUCAGCUUGAACUAAUCACUCCUGCUCGGGGUGAACUGACUCGGCAGACCAGAGAACUAACACACAGCAUGGUAGUCAACCGCGGUGCAGUAUACCGAGCCAACAUGGCCAACAAAAGCGCCGCUGCUGUUCUAAAGAGCAAACUUAUGGGUGGGGCCCCGGAGAGUGAAGCCUCCGAGGAAUCGGAACCAGCACCAGAAGAGACUUCUGAUGCUCAAAUGGAGACAUCUCCAUCCGUCCUUGGCAAACGAAAGGCGGGUGAUGCAGAGAUUGAAGGAAACGGCGCCGAGACCCCAAGCAAGCCUGAACCGCCAAAAGACGAUGAGCUGCCCGCAGACACCGUCCGCCUAUGGGAGGAGGGAUACGGCGACCGAUAUUAUGAACAAAAGUUCCAUGUUGAUCCCCAAAACAAGGAGUUUCGCCACAAAGUCGCAAGAGCGUAUGCCGAAGGUCUUGCAUGGGUAUUGUUAUACUAUUUCCAGGGGUGUCCGUCCUGGACCUGGUACUACCCAUAUCAUUAUGCGCCUUUCGCCGCAGACUUUGUGGAUAUUGGGGAUAUCGAGCUGUCAUUCGAGAAGGGGACGCCCUUCAGACCUUUCGAACAGCUUAUGGGUGUUCUUCCUGCCUCUUCAAACCACGCCAUACCAAAGGUGUUCCAUCCCCUGAUGAGCGAGCCUGAGAGUGAAAUCAUCGAUUUUUAUCCGGAAGACUUUGCGGUCGAUCUAAAUGGCAAGAAGUUUGCUUGGCAGGGAGUCGUUUUGCUGCCUUUUAUCGAUGAAAAACGCCUUCUAAGUGCUAUGGAAAAGAAGUACCCUCUUCUAUCAGAUGACGAAAAGGCUCGCAAUACUGUGGGUAAAGAGGUGCUGUUGCUCUCAGAAAGUCAUCCACUGUACCAAGACUUGGUCUCGAAUUUCUACUCCAAGAAGCAAGGCGCUCCCAAAUAUAAACUCAACAUGCGUAUCAGCGAAGGACUAGCUGGUAAGGUUGAAAAGAACGAGGCGUACAUACCACACAGCUCACUUGUCUCCUCCCUGGAGCAAUAUGGUAUGCCCACGUUGGAGGACGACCGCUCGCUAACCGUCAACUACGAAAUACCCAAGUCUUCUCAUGUUCACAAGUCCAUGCUUCUCAGAGGAGUAAAGUUUGCUCCUCCAGCUCUGGAUAAUGCAGACAUCCAGGCUACAAAAUCACGAGCCCAGCACUCUGGGCGCUCUUAUGGCGGCGCACCUCUUCGCGGUGGGCACAGAGGUGGUCGCAUGAAUUACGCCGGUGAUAGGCCUAAUCCAUUUGCGGCACACCUUGAUCCAAAGUUUAUGCCAGCAGCCAACACAGGCGCCCCGAUGGGGAUGCCGUCCGGCUGGGUCCCCCCGUCAGGCUCCGGUAACUUUUCCAGGGGACCACCACCUCCCCCGCGGGGAGGCUAUGGCUCCCAGCAGUAUGGCUCGUACCAGGGCCAUCCACAGCAGCGCGAUUAUCAACAGUCGAAUUACGGUCACGGCGACUACUAUGGUCGGGGUGGUCCUCCUGGACACUACAACAAUGGUCCCUCUGACCAGUAUAACGGAAGAAAUCAAGGCUAUGGAUCACAGGAGCGUCGUGGCGGAGGGUACCGGGGAGGAGGACACCGAGGCCGAGAUAAUUACUCCUCGAGAGGCCAGGGGGGCGGCUAUGGUCGCUACUAA